CCCCCCCCCCCGCAGCCAAUUUGAUAUUACCUGCCUGGCAGUCAACCCACCCUCUGGCGAUUCAACUAUUCGAUCUCGAGUGUUCAGGCCAUUGUCUCGAUCUCCGCUACAAGCCUCCGCAUACCACACCCGAAUUGAGUCCCGAGGAACCGGCUGGUGGUGAAUCAACACGCACGACCCGACAAUCGAGUAACCCCAUCACCAACAAUUCCAAUGCGUGUUCUGUGACCAAAGUGUUACUUCAAAGAGCCCGGUCUUCCCCUCUAUUCACCCCGAAAUUCAACAAUCCAUAAAACUGUCUCUCAUGUCUCUCCCACUCCUUUCGACGCAACCGUAUCUCCCCGCCCUCCACCCGAUCACACCGACCAUCGCUUCAUACUCGAGGUUACAAGACUCGACAAGCGCAAGGAAGCGGAAUUUUGAGGCCAUCUCAGGGCUUCCCGAUCACACCUGGACAGCUCCCUUCAGGGACGGUCUACCAACACCCCCGAGUGAUAUGAAUGGUGUUACUGCUUGCAGUGCCCUCCCGGCUUCUUCCUAUGCGGGGAAGCUGGAUGGGAUCACGCUUCCACCCUACGCCAAAGUCUCCGAUUACGCGCGCAUGAACUCGAAUGCGCCAACUGCGAGGAUGCCGGCCUCUGAGCCCAAAUACCAACCGCCGGUCAAGGAUGCUCGAUCCUCGGAGCGUGAGUCUCAGAAGAAGGGCGGCCCCGGUGCCGCUUCGUCGUAUCUUCAGAUCCCUUCGUCUAUCAGCAAUAGCAAAGGGAGCUUGGCUGAAUUUGCGGCUCAGAUGACAUGUCUGUUCUGGUUUGAGAGCACCGCCAAACUGAAGGCCAUUGAGGAUCAGUUGAAUUCCGCUACUUCUCUUGUUCCCGAGGCAAUGCCCACCGUUGCUUUCCAGAAAUGGGUGACGAACAUUCUCUCGACUACGCAAGUCAGUCAAAAUGUCAUCUUGCUGGCCCUUUUGUUCGUCUACCGGCUGAAGAAGUUCAACCCUGGUGUUCGGGGAAAGAAGGGCAGUGAGUACAGGCUCAUGACGAUUGCACUCAUGCUGGGCAACAAGUUCCUCGACGACAACACUUACACCAACAAGACCUGGGCAGAGGUUUCCGGAAUCACCGUCCAGGAAAUACAUAUCAUGGAAGUCGAAUUUCUCAGCAAUGUUCGGUACAACCUGUUUGUCUCCGAGGAGGAAUGGGCUCAAUGGCACUCCAAGCUCGGGCUUUUCAUCAACUUCUUCAACACCGCGCCUCGGACCCCCGAAAAGACCGAGAAGCAGCCCACACCCCCAGUGCUCCGUGUGUCACCCAAUCUGGGACUUUCUCCCCGGGCACCAUUGUCGUCUCCUGGAGCCAAAUUGCCAUCUCCCGGCUCUGAACCCUCUCGUGCGCACAACUGGUGUCUGCCACUGAAUGGUCUGCCAUACACCGCCGCUCCUCAGCUUCCCUGUGACAUACCGCCUGUCAACCCUCGGAAGCGGAGUCGCGACGAGCCCGUCGAGGAGCAUCCAUCCAAGAGGACAGCCAUGCACAACCCCAUGCCGACCCCCAUGUCGUCACUUCCACCAUCGUCGGCCCUGACCAGUAUACCGGCCCUGCCUCCGGUUCUGGCACCUACGUCUACGCCUUCCCACCUUCCGACCAUCCCGGAACGUCUUCCACGCCCCAACUUCCCCUCCCACAGCCUGGCUCCGGUCAUGCCGUCAUCUCUGUCCCAGGUACCCUCUGCUGGUCGUGUGAUGCCUCCAGUCUACAAACCCCCCACCAACUGGGUUCCCCAGAUGCCACCUGCAACGACCGUUCCUUCCACCGGUGUCCCACCCAUGGCCACCGGAAUGUACAACACGCCCAUCUCACUGCCCGACCCCAGCAGACACCACAGCAGCCCGUUUGCGGUGACAUCGGCCACCAUCUCACCAGCAGUCUCUGCGUACUCUGGCCACACUCCUCAAAACCACCUCUCUCCCUCCUUCUUCCUGGCGAACCGGAACUCACCUUACCGUCCGGUUCGCAGUGUCAACACAUUGUUGAUACCACCCCCGUCCGCCUCCCAGCAGCAGCGCAGCAUUCCGUUUGACCACAUGCACUACCAGCCGCUUGGGAAGACUGCGUCGGAGCGCAAGACGGGCCUAUUGCCUUACCUUCAUCACGAAGCCUGGCCACAGGGCCACUUCCAACCUUCGAUAUUCCAUUCCACUCCGAAUUACUAGACGAUACAUCGCAUCGAACGUGCAUUUUCACGACGACUAGAUUUUACGACGAUACACACGAGAAGACCUUCGCAUUCUCUCCCUUUUUUUCUCCCUCCUUCUAGUCACUCAUGCUGGCCCCUUUGUAUUUUGUACAAAAUCUUUUUCCUUACAUCUUUUACAUCCUGUUAUGACCUAGCAUUCCCAUGGCGUUUUACCCAUUCAUAGAUGUCUUUUUUGUGUACCAGGAGGGACUUGUUUGUUUCUUUGCAUACCGGGUUAUGGGAGGAUACUAUUCUUUGUUAUGUUGAUCCGAAUGCAUGGACAGGGCGUCGUUGUUGUACGUUUAAAAAACACUUACGUCUACUUGCAUGUGCAUGAUAGGGCGUUGACGAAGUGUCGGACAAAUUUACUGGGCUGGAUCUUGACCCGGCUUGUGAAAAGAACUAAAUAUGUUAUCUGAGAG